UCGGGACCCCGGCAGCUCAGUCUGGGGACACACACUGCAGAUCACACCGAUUUCCAACGAGGAUUGUUUUUGCAAGAAAACAAGAAAGAAAAAAAAGAAAAUCCCUUUAAAGAAAUUGUACUGAAACCACCAGGGACAAUAGAGAGCUGGAAGUCUCUGAAGAGGAUUUCCUUCCCCACUUUUGUCCAGCCCAGUCCCUUUUAUUGCAUAGAAAGCUGCCCAGUUAAUCCUGAGCUGACCAUCACAAGGAACUUCUUCCUGCAGAGCCUGCUGGUUCACACCACGUGCAUUGAGGGGGUUUUACACAGGCUGCUGGGCUUGUGCUGGAUGAUCACAAAUGUUAGCUGUGGGGCAGAUGGAUACUAACAGACAGGGUGCUUUUGUGCUGAGCAGCACACCCUUGGCUGCAUUGCAUAACAUGGCUGAGAUGAAAACUACGUUGUUCCCUUAUGCUUUGCAGAAUCCCUCCACUUUCAAAACCCCCAGCCUCUCCUCCCUCAACGCACAGAUCCCCCUGGGGACACCUCAUGGGAUUAGUGACAUCCUAAGCAGGCCUUUGGGUGCUACUCUGGGUGCGACCACUGGCAACCUCCUCAGCAGCCUUCCUCGAAUUAAUGGACUUGCCACCUCCACUGGGAUGUACUUUAACCCGGCAGCUGUGUCCAGGUACCCCAAACCCCUGGCAGAGCUGCCUGGGAGAGCCCCCAUCUUUUGGCCUGGAGUUAUGCAAAGUUCUCCUUGGAGGGACCCAAGACUCUCCUGUCCUUCUGGACUCUACCCUCCUUCAAAGCCAGUGAUAUCUAUGAUGUUAUUCCUUUCAGCCCAAGCUGGGAUGGUUCUAGAUAAAGAUGGCAAAAAGAAACAUUCAAGGCCAACCUUCUCAGGACAGCAGAUUUUUGCUCUGGAAAAAACCUUCGAACAAACCAAAUAUCUGGCUGGACCAGAGAGGGCUCGGCUGGCCUAUUCCUUGGGAAUGACAGAAAGUCAAGUCAAGGUUUGGUUCCAGAACAGAAGGACAAAGUGGAGGAAGAGGCAUGCAGCAGAAAUGGCUUCAGCCAAGAAAAAACAUGACUCUGAAACCGAGAAAAUGAAGGAAAGUUCUGACAACGAGGAAGAUGAUGAAUAUAAUAAACCGCUAGACCCCAAUUCGGAUGAUGAAAAAAUCUCCAGGUUAUUAAAAAAGCACAAAUCUACAAACUUGAACCUCCUUAGUCCUUGCAGUAAUAACUCUGACACUUUGUGAUAUAAACACAGAGCAAAGACUGUCCCUUCGAAAAAAAUGGACCUACCCCCAUCUUUCCUCCUUAAAGCGCUUUAAAAGCUGAAUUAACCAGGGUAUACAGAUUAUAAAUAAGAAAUUGUAAGUGAAUGUUUAAAAGUGGUAUGUGUUGUACAGCCUAAAAAUGUAUGUUAAGAUGUAUAUAUUUUUUACAGAAUAAGUUAUAAAAAAAAAAAAAAUGAUCUUACUGUUAAUAUUCCUUGGGUUAAAGGGGACCUUUAACCCUUUCACUGUCAGAGAGUCAGUAAAUAGGUUAAAAUAACCUUUACAUUACCUGACUCCUCAAAUUUUUUUUCCAUUAAGCUAAAGGCAAAAUUGUUUGCACCUAGAAUCAAAGUUUGUUACUUUUUGUACAGAUGAGGCCAUCUCCACUUUGUAUAUAGAUAUAUAAAUAUAUCUUAUUGAAGAUUCUGUGAUGUUUUUUUUUCCCACGGUAAAAAAAAAAGCUCUUUUUAAGGUUUCACUCUCUAUAAAAAAAUCUUAAAGGACUUUGUUCACAAUUUAGCCAAAAAGAGAGAGAAUCCUGACCAUUUCAUUUGAAGGUCAAGUCAGAUAUUGAUGUUCAGAAAUGCUGAAAACUUUGUAUAUUCAAUAAAUUAUUUAACAGCUUCUCCUUACAAA